AUCUCGCAGCGAAUCGGCAAUCCCCGCAGCAGAGAUCGGGUCUGAUCCAGGCUGUUGUUGCGAACUCGCUCGCACUCUUUGCGUCUGCACGACUAGCACCCAGGUUCCCGCGGUCAUCUGCAGAAAUCAAAUUACUCAUAUCGAAAACAAGGUCUAAAGUCACCUGUGGACGCCCACUCCUGGAACAGCACGAUGCAGAGACUGCAAGUUUUGAAGGACACUUUCUUUGGCUUGAGUGCUGCUCAGCAGCAGCAGCUACUGAUCGGCUCAGCCGUGGCAGCAGGUGGAAUAAUGGCCUACAUAGUGUACAAAAGAAAAAAACCAAGAACCAUUCCUUUAGGGGACGGAUGGUGGGGAGUGGGGGAGAAGACACUAUCAGAAGAUCAGAAAAUCUACCCUUUUCAAGUGGAGACCUCAGACAAAGAGAUCGAGGAUCUCUAUGAGCGCAUCGACAGGACACGCUACGCAGAUCCUUUAGAAGAUGGCAAGUUCCACUAUGGCUUCAAUUCCACUUAUCUGAAGAAAGUUGUUUCCUAUUGGAGACACGAGUUUGACUGGAAAAAGCAGGUGGCAGUGCUCAACAAGUAUCCACACUUCAAAACCAAAAUAGAAGGACUGGACGUGCACUUUAUGCAUGUGCGUCCACCGCACCGCGAGAAUCAGAAGGUUCUGCCUAUCAUGAUCGUUCACGGCUGGCCCGGCUCCUUCUACGAGUUCUACAAGAUUCUGCCGCUUCUCACGCAAAGCCGCGACGGUGUUGUGUUUGAGGUCAUAUGCCCGUCUAUCCCUGGCUACGGUUUCUCAGAAGCCUCUCAUAAACAAGGGUUCAACAGCCUCGCCGCCGCCCGGAUUUUCCUGAAGCUGAUGGAGCGUUUGGGCUUCUCUCAGUUCUAUCUGCAGGGAGGGGACUGGGGCUCGCUCAUCACCACCAACAUGGCACAGAUGAAGCCUCAGUGCGUGAAGGGUCUCCACCUAAACAUGUGUAUGUCAAAUAGGGGUUUCAAAGUCCUGUUGUCCUUGUUGAUUGGCCCGUAUCUGCCCUUCCUGGUUGGUUUGAGUCGGGAAGAUGUUCGCCGGUUGUUCCCUUUCUUUGAGAGGAACGUCUUUGAGAUGCUGAGAGAAUCGGGCUACUUUCACAUUCAGGCCACUAAACCAGAUACUGCAGGCUGUGGGGUGAAUGACUCUCCUGUAGGCUUGGCAGCCUGGAUUUUGGAGAAGUUCUCCUCCUGGGCUGAUCUGAAGAACAGAGAUCUGGAGGACGGUGGGCUGGAGAGAAAAUUCAGCCUGGAUGACCUCUUGACAAAUGUCAUGAUCUACUGGACCACAGGCUCCAUCACCUCGUCCAUGCGCUUCUACAAAGAGAAUUUGGGGAGUAAUCUUAACAACAGAGUGGAUUUUAAGACAGAGAUUUUUGUGCCCACUGGCUUUGCAGCCUUUCCUAAUGAGCUCAUGCACUGCCCCAAGUCAUGGGCACAAAUUAGGUACCGAAACAUCCAGUCCUACACUUUCAUGCCCAGGGGUGGCCACUUUGCAGCCUUUGAAGAGCCCCAGCUGCUUGCUGACGACCUGUUCAAUUUUGUCAAGAAGGUGGAGAAGUCCUGAAGCCCUCACUGAACUCGCAGACCAGUUAUAGCACAUCUGUCCUUUAUUAUUUCAA